CAUUGCUAAGCAACAUGUCUUCAACCUCUCUUUAUCUCACUAACACACAAACCAAUUAUCUAAAAAUCUUCAAUUUCUCUCUCUAGAAAUUCGAACUGAGUAAUCCGGAUUGGUUCUCUUCUACGUGAUUUGGAUUUCAGCUGCUGAUUCUGUGGUUUUUGAUUAUAUAUGUAUCUACUGGCUUCAAUUUGAAGCUUGACAAAUGAAUCUGGGAAGUCAGACGGUAAAUCCUUCGUCGAUGCAGUGUUCGACUGCGUCUUGGAAGUCUACUGCCGCCGGCGGCGGAGAUGUAGUCGCGGACAAGUUUCCGGCCGGUCUCCGUGUUCUUGUGGUGGAUGAUGAUCCGACUUGUUUGUUUAUAUUGGAGAAGAUGUUACGGACUUGUUAUUAUGAAGUUACGAAGUGUAAUAGAGCAGAGGUGGCAUUGUCUAGACUGCGUGAGAGAAGGAAUGGAUAUGAUAUUGUUAUAAGUGAUGUUCACAUGCCAGACAUGGAUGGAUUUAAGCUUCUUGAGCACAUUGGUUUGGAGAUGGAUUUGCCUGUUAUCAUGAUGUCAGCUGAUGAUAGUAAAAGUGUGGUAAUGAAAGGUGUUACACAUGGUGCGUGUGAUUAUCUGAUCAAACCAGUUCGUAUAGAGGCAUUAAGGAACAUAUGGCAGCAUGUGAUUAGGAAGAAAAAGAAUGAAUGGAGGGAAUCAAGGGAUUUCGAUCAAUCGGGAAGUGCUGAUGAUGGGGAUCGGAUUGUAAGACAGCCGGAGGAAGCUGAUUUUUCAUCAUCUGCAAAUGAAGGGAGUUGGAGAAGUUCGAAAAAGAGGAAGGAAGAGGAAGAUGAGGUAGAGGCAGAGGAUAGAGACGAUUCGUCUACUCUGAAGAAACCACGUGUGGUUUGGUCUGUUGAACUCCAUCAGCAGUUUGUGGCUGCUGUCAAUCAACUUGGCAUAGAAAAAGCUGUUCCUAAGAAGAUUCUGGAAUUGAUGAACGUUCCAGGUCUCACCAGAGAAAAUGUUGCUAGCCACCUUCAGAAAUAUCGCCUGUAUCUUAGAAGGCUAAGUGGAGUUUCACAGCACCAAGGUGGCCUUAGUAACCCAUUUAUGGGACACCCAGACGGAGGUUUUGGGCAAAUAUCAUCACUCAAUGGGCUCGAUUUUCAAGCUUUAGCAGCCAGUGGCCAAAUCCCUGCUCAAAGUCUAGCUACAAUCCAAGCUGCAGCACUUGGCAGAUCCAUCACUACUAAACCCGCCAUAUCCAUUCCACUUACGGAUCAAAGAAACCUCUUUAGCUUCGAAACCUCCAAAUUGAGAUACAGUGAUAUCGGGCAACAACUAAGCAGUAAUAACAAUAACAAGCAAAUCAAUCUUCUUCAUGGGAUCCCAACUUCUGUAGAGCCGAAGCAACUUGCAAGUUUACAACAAUCUGCACAGAAUUUCAGAAACAUAAAUACACAAGGGAAUUCACACAGUAGUAACAAUGGGAUUUCUGGUUCUGUGGCUCAAGGGAUCUUGACGAGAUGUAAUAAUGUCGAUAAUCUCGACACCAGGGUGACAACGUACAAUGCAGUUGUACCACCCCAGGCUAGCUCGGUGGUUGAUUUUACUAGUUCCCAAAAUCCUGAUAUUUCGGUUAACAGCUUUUCACAUGGAAGUAAUAUAGUGAUGAACUCUAAAGGCAUUCUUCAAGAAGAGGUUAACUCGGAAAUGAAAAGAUCCAGAGGGUUUUCUUCGAAUUUCGAUAUCUUAACCGAAUUGCAGCAGCAUCAUCAACAACAGCAGCAUAAAUCACAUGAUAAUUGGGAGUUACAAACUGCUGGUGGAUUGACAUUUGAUUCCUCCCAAAACAUAAACAUAUCUUCAGGCCAAGAUAUUCCAUCGUCUAGCCUUGUCCACCAACAAGGAUUUGCAUACGCUCAAAACGGGGCUCAGAACAGAAAUACUUCAUCAGUUGGAAAGAUGACCUUCUCAAUGGAAAAUAAUAAUAAUAAUAAUAACAGGAAUGUCAUCGGUGGUGCUGCUGUGGUCUCACAACAAUUCAACCACUCUAUUUACGCUGACAAUUUGGUGCGUGCGAAAACAGAGAGGUUUCCAGACAUCAGCAAUCAAAAUGCGUUUUUUCCAGAACAAUACACUCAGGAGGAUCUCAUGAGCGCAAUUCUAAAACAGCAGCAAGAAGGAGUCGGGUUAAUGACAAAUGAAUUCGGGUUUGAUGGAUAUUCCUUGGAUAAUCUCCCGGUCUAGUAGUACUUACAAACCAAAACGCGAUUUCAUCAUGUACAUAGAUUCCUGUUAGGAAAAGUACUGCCCCUGGUAACAUCAAUUUACACUUGUUAAAGCUGUUAAUUUUCCUUAGGUACUAUGGAAAAAAAUUCUUUUGUGCCUAUUUUUUUUUUGUGAACUUUUCAUUGCCAAAAAAAAACAUCUUUUUAUGUCGGGUUAGAUGGGAUGAUGAUCUGUUACCUUAUUUAUAUUCAAUAACACCUCCCACCCCUUUGUUUC